CAACAUAGUGAGCAUGCCAGUACUUUAGUACUUCUUACUUUCUUUUACACACCUUGUGGUCUUGUGCGGAUCCAGGUCAGUGGUUUCACCAUGGAGUUGGGAAAAAUUCACCUGAAUCUAAAGACAGUGCUGCUGACGAUGAUGAUGUUCAAAUGGGGAGUCAACUGUGAAAUUGAAAUAGAUGAGUGUGACUCUGGCCCCUGCCGCAACGGAGCCACCUGCCACGAUCUGAUCGGCAUGUACUCCUGUGAGUGUUUGCCCGGGUUCGAUGGCAUCGACUGCGAGGUCGACGUUGAUGAGUGCGCCAGUGAGCCCUGUCAGAAUGGAGCUGUUUGUCAUGACAUGGUUAACAGCUAUGAAUGUGACUGCAGUGAUACGGGAUUUGAGGGUGACCACUGUGAAGUGGACAUCCCUGAGUGUGCUUCUGAUCCCUGUCAGCAUGGUGCCACGUGUUUAGAGGGAGUCAGAGGAUACACCUGCCUCUGCUGGCCAGGCUACGAGGGAGCAAACUGUGAGGUUGAUAUAGAUGAGUGUGCCGAGGAGCCCUGCGAGAACGGUGGGGAGUGUUUUGAGCGUUCAGAUCCAUCUCACUGGGAUCUGGACUGGGAGCUCAGCUAUGCAGACGCUGCUGGAUAUAUCUGCCAGUGUCAGCCCGGGUUUGCGGGAGAGAACUGCUCCGUCAACAUUGAUGAGUGUGAGUCUGAACCCUGCCAGAAUGGAGGCACUUGUGAGGAUAAGAUCAAUGGCUACACCUGUACAUGCGCUGUUGGAUUUCUAGGUGAGCUGUGCGAGGUGAACAUUGAUGAAUGUGAGAGCCAGCCCUGUCAGAAUGGUGGCUGGUGUGAAGACGGCAGGGCGUCCUACACGUGCCACUGUCCUGAGGCAGAACCAGGUGACCUUCCUUGGGGGGGUGACCACUGUGAUGUGAAACUCUACGGCUGUGUGGACCACGAGUGCCAGAAUGGAGCCACCUGCCACCCAUGGCUAGAGGAUGGAGAACACGGUCACACGUGCUUGUGCCCUCACGGCUUCUACGAUGAGCAGUGUUCCACAAGAACGACGUUCUCCUUCUCCACUCCUGGAUUCGUUCACAUCCAGGUUGUUCUCGAAGAAAGGAUCCGUAGGGAGGUUGAGCACCAUGUUCAUCGUGGUUUUGGGGUACAGCUACGGUUUCGGACAACUUUACCCAAUAUGUUGCUCUUCUACAGAGGGGAUAUGGACAAUCACCUCCUCCUGGAGCUCGUCAAUGGUGGUCUUCAUGCAAAAGCCUUUUCUGAGGAGUCUGAAAUGGAUGUGACAUUUUCUGGUUUGGUUAGUGACGGAGACUGGCGAGAUGCUCAUGUGUUUGUAGAUAAUGAAGGUCUGGUUUUGAUUGUGAAAGGACCUGGCUGUGACAAGGACGGAUGCAAAGUUGUAGAUGGUGGUGCUGACGAACCACCUUUCCAGCCCUCCGAAGCCUUUACUGAUAUUUAUGUAGGUGGAGCACCGGAGGAGCUUUUAGAGUACUCUGUUAGUGGAGCAGACUUCAUUGGAUGUAUGGAAGACCUGAUGAUCGACUCUAAGCCUAUCCUACCCCAAACACUUCCAGAGGACCAUGGCCAUGAGCUGGGAUGCAGUAAGACUGAAUGGUGCACGCCUGACCCCUGCAACGGACAUGGACGCUGUGUGGACCAGUGGAUCAGCUAUCAGUGUGACUGCUACCGUCCCUUCCAUCAUGAGAGCUGCUCUGAAGAAUUCCCCUCGUGGACAUAUAGCCACGAGGACACAGUGAGUUUCAGUGCCUACGAUGUAGGUAAGAACCACGGGAGCAACUUCAACGUGUCCUUCUUCCUGAGGUCUUUAAAGCCAGACGGGCUGCUGUUCCAGCUGAGGAGGCCCACAGACGAAGAAGGGGGCGAGGUCUACUUCUCAGUCUACCUGGGGAUGGGGAGGGUUUUUGUCAGCUCUCUGCCUAACAGCUCCCCGCUGACAGCUCCAAUAUUUGUGACCACUGGUGAGAAGCAGCUCCUGCAGGUGGAGGUCCAACAAAGGCAGGUGAUCUUUGAGCACGCAGGCCUUCGUUAUGGGAUAGGAGAGAUCCCUGAGGUGACUGUUAACAGCGGGGACCAGGCCUUUGUAGGAGGACUUUCAGGGGACUUGGACUCUGAUGUGUGGGGGGGGCAUUACAAAGGCUGCCUGCAGGACCUGCGUUUAGACUCUGUGCAUCUAGAUGUGGAUUCCUGGAACCGCUCAGAUGAGGAGGAAGUGUAUUUGCCAAGUGAUGCUGAAAAUGUAAAGGAGGGCUGCGUCAGUGAUGAUUCCUGCAAGAUGUCGCCUUGUCAAAAUGGAGGAGAAUGCACCAUCACAUUCAACGAUUUUACAUGUUCUUGUCCGGAGGAAUACACUGGAAAGACCUGUGAAACACGUGUGUGGUGCGUUAGUGAUCCUUGUGUCAAUGGCGGUCAUUGUGUGGACCUUCCUGAUGGAUAUGAAUGUGUGUACAAUGCCACGUUCGAGAACAACCCUGUGCACUACAGUGCUGGAGGCUCCCUGGCCGAACCCGUCUCUGACAUAUACAUGGAGCUGCGGACUCGUUCAGAGAACGCCGUGCUCCUCAGAGCCUCCUGGGGUUCUGACCUACUGAUGGUUGGCCUUCUGGACUCUACAGUCCGGGUGGAGAUUCACAUUGGCAACAGUGUUGAGACGCUGACCUUUACAGGAGUUCGUCGAGUGGCUGAUGGGAGCUGGCACCGUGUGAACAUUUCAAUGGUUGAGAAGGAACGCAAAGCCUCUCUCUGGGUUAUCACCGUGGAUGGAAUCACAGACGCCAGCAGCGUGCCAGAGCGCACAGGAAGCCUUCAUUUUCUUAAUGAGAAGGGCGCCACGCUGGCUAUCGCAGAGAGCUUUACUGGUUGCUUGGGUGCACUGAGGGUCGGAGGAGUCUACCUUCCUUUUGUGGAUGACAAUAAAGCCCCGCAGCCAUCGCAAUUCCAUUUGGAUGGCAAAGCAACGAUUCGUUUGGGUUGUUCCAGUGCCCCUGUUUGUGAUUCAGAUCCUUGUCUAAAUGGAGCCACCUGUGAAGACCUCUUUAAUAAAUUCGGCUGUGUCUGUGACUCGGGUUGGGAGGGAGAGCAGUGUGAAACAGACACUGAUGACUGUGCAUCUCAGCCCUGCGCCCACGGAAGCUGUAAGGACUACUUAGCUGGUUUUGAGUGCCGUUGCCACCCUGGAUAUGCUGGUGAGCUCUGUGAUGAGGAUCUCGACGAGUGUGAGCAUCACGUUUGUGAACAUGGAGGCACCUGCCAGGAUGGACCCAACAUGUACACCUGUAUAUGCUCCAAGGACUAUAGAGGCCCCCUCUGCCAAUGGGACUAUCCUCCAAUACAGUGUGGCGAAGAUGUCCAGUGUGCAAAUGACGGUAUCUGCAAUGAUGGGCUAUGGGGAGCGAACUGCACAUGCAUGCCAGGUUUUACAGGCAGCAGGUGUGAAAUGGAGAUCAAUGAGUGUCAGUCUAACCCGUGCCGAAACGGUGGCUCCUGUUUGGAUCGCUUCAACAUGUUCGUGUGCGAAUGCCCGACUGGUUACAGCGGUCCUAUCUGUGACACUAACAAACAAGCACAUAAACAGGGAGUCCCCUGGCUGGUGGUGGCCAUCCCGCUGCUCUGCUUUUGCCUGCUGAUAAUGAUCAUUGGCUUGACCUUCGUGGUACUCACGGCGAGGAAGAAGCGUCAGUCGGAGGGUGCGUACAGCCCCAGCUCACAGGAGCUAGCCGGGGCUCGGCUGGAGAUGGACAGCAUGCUCAAAGUCCCGCCGGAGGAGAGACUCAUCUGAGACACAGCGAGUGUUUGAGGGGAUCUGAGCACUGCAGGCAGAUGCACGGGACUCACUGUUAAACUUUUAGAUACUCUAAAUACCUGGGCUGAACUGGAUGACGUGUGUUGUAGCAUACAGCCCCCUCCUGGUGGAGACCAGCUACUGCAAUGUGUUAAUCAUGUGGUGCUGAGUUUUUGACAAAGGACAUCUGCCCCUCAGAAACUUACUGACAGGUUGAGGAAACAAGGAAGUACAAUCCAUUGCUCUAUACACUGUAGUUCGUCUAAGGCAGGGCCUUAACCUGUUUCUAUAGUCCUAAAUAGACAAUUUAAGGGCUUUAUUUUGAGAACCUCUGCACAGUCAAGUGAUACAAGCACACAAAAACUGGCUGAUGGUGUUUCCAGAGUCAGAGGAUUAGAGUGUGCCUGUGGUGCUGCUGGAAACUGGGUUGCAUUUGUAGGAAAGCAUCAUUAGAUGUCAGGGACCCAAACAGCACCCAGCACAGAUGAGCAAAGGCCACUAGAUGCUGGCUCCAAGAAAACUAUGGCUGUGUUAGAGUGACUGGAAAACCAGCACAAUUUAUUUUUCUAUUUACUUGUAAUGUGGAUCUGGGCUGGAGAUUUUGAUAAUUCCACUUAAAAGACAUUACAGCUUAAAUAUAGGAAUAAUUAAGAGUGUUUUUAAUAAAGUGCAUUUUCAUGCACAGGUUUAAUUUGCACACACAAACAUCCACAUCUGAGUGGAAACCUAGCAGUAACUUCUGUGGCUGCAAGUGAAUACCGAAUUGUCAAAAUCUGCAGUUUCUCAAAAACCACUUGAGUCAAUCUCCAUAAGGCCCCAUAUUAAAAUGCCCUAUACAGCAAAAUUAAACCUGUUUACAGCCUGGUACAGAAAACACUUUUGGCCUCUAUAGACAAUUUCUCCAUUUAUGACAACUGUACUGUUGUAACUAACCUGUUUAAAUUAUAUCAAGGCUUAAAGUAAAAUAUUAAGGUCCAGGC